AGCAAAAGCGAAAGCGAAUGCGCCUGUCUGGACAGCCGGUCCUGGAGCUGCGCUCGCCACCUCCCCCGGGCCUCGGCUUCGCGGCGGGCUUCCCGGCGGGGUACCGCCCAGCGUGCGACCAUGGCCCCGUGGCGGCUCAGCGGCUGCCGGGCCCACGCGGUCACCGCGCUGCUGCUGCUGCUGCUGGUCCGGCCGCCGGCGACACGCGGUGUCACAUGCCCCACCCCCACGUCUGUUGAACACGCUGACAUCCAUGUCAGGAGCUACACUUUGCACUCCAGGGAGCGGUACGUCUGUAGCUCUGGUUUCAAGCGUAAAGCUGGCACGUCCAGCCUGAUCGAGUGUGUGCAUAACAAGACCACGAAUGCUGCCCACUGGACAGCUCCCAAUCUCAAGUGCAUCAGAGACCCCUCCCUGACUCACCAAAGGCCAGUGCCACCCUCCACAGUAGAGAUGGCAGGGGUGACCCCACAGCCAGAGAGCCUCUCCCCUUCUGGAAAAGAGCCAGCAGCUGCCUCUCCCAGGUCAGACAUCACAGUGACCACAGAGACAGCUGCUGCACCAGGCUCCCGGCUGAUGCCAUCAGAACCACCUUCCUCAGGGACUACUCAGAUAGGCAGCCGUGAGUCCUCCAAAGACCCACCUCAGACAACAGCAGAGACCUUGGGACUCAUACCCUCUGCCUCCUCUGAGACGCCAGGUGCUUCUCCAUUCAGCUCCAGGGAGGUCACUGUGGCCAUCUCUGCGUCCGUCCUGCUAUGUGCACUGUGUGCUGCGUCUCUCCUGGCAUUUUACUUCAGGACAAGGCAAACUUCCCAGCUGCCCAGUGUUGAAAUGGAAAACAUGGAAGUUGUGCCAAUGACCGGGAGGACCAGCAGCAGACAGGACGACUCUGAGAACCUGCCCACACAACCUCUGAAACUCAGGGGAAACCAACCCAGUCACAUGUGGAGCAAAGGAGCUAGCUCUGCUUCAGCUAACGAGAAUCUAGAAAAGAUGGGAGGAGUUGAGUGCCAGGAGAAAGCCCACCAGGAUGAUCAGACGUCCCUGGUGUGAUCUUGCUGGCUAUGCUGGCCUAGGCACUGUGCUGGCUCUGUAGGAGCGAGUGGAUUCUCCAGCAUCCGAUGGAUGCUGCCGUGCUCACGUCCAGGGCCGCUACCCAAAGUCCAAGCAGCCAAAGCUCUCCCAGGAGAGGCUGGAGGCUGCAGUCAGGGUUUUUGUUCCUGUUUCACUAUGACAUUAUUCAGGACAGCUUGUCGGCUUGACUGUCAUUUCUGUCCCUCAUCCUGACUUGCAAAUUACACAGAUGAGGGAGCCAAGAAAAGCAGAAGAGAUGCUGAGCCCAAUGAAUCCUCUCAAUUGAAGGAUUCAGAAAGAAGAAAGUGGAACUCAGUGACAUGUUAUGUGUAUGGUCAUAGAAAUUUAUAUUUAUACUUUUUGUCUAAUAUAUCUACCUUUUAUAUAUGAUUUGUAUUUUGAAAUUGUGCCUUGUAUAAGCAAAAUAAAGCAUCUAUUUUCAAUACAAAAAGAUGCUCUAAAAGAAAUACUGAGGGGCUGGCCAGUUGGCUGGAGCUCAGUGUUAUAACACCAGGGUCAAGAGUUUCGAUCCCCAUACCAGCCAGCUGCUAAAAGAAUAAAGGAAUCACUAGGAGAAAUGUUGCCCGAAGUAAAAAGGAGAAAGAGUGGGAAUGCUGAGUCCAAAAUGACUGAGCUCAGAUCUUCUUUCUAAAAGGAGACAAGAAAACUUACCUAAAGCUGGCUCAGAUCAGAGUUCCGGGAAAUUUCUAGCAGGAUUUGCACGUGAGGAGGAGCACUGUGGGUGAGCUGCGCACGGCGAGUUCUGGCCCCGGCACGCAGGGCCCACACAUUGUCUCUGCCCUUCCGCUGCCUUCUUCUCUAUUCUUUCUUUGCUGUUAAUGACAUUUAUUUAUAAAAUCACAGGCCUUAUCCCACCUUCUCAUUUUAUAGAUGAAAAAACUAAGGCCUGGGGACAUUGACCUGCCCGAGGCCACCCAGCUCAAUGCCAGAGCCUGAAUAGAACUGGGGUUGGGGGAUCGUGGGGGGCAGUCCCAACUGGAAAUCAGCUGCCAACUGCCCUCGUACAGCAAGGGUGGUGGCAUGGGCGUAGCACCCAGUGCACGUGCUGCCAGAAACUCUCAAUGUGCUGUUUCCCAGUGGCUGCAUGGGCCCCCUCACAGCAUGGGGGCUCUGGCUCAAGACUGUUUACUUACAUGGUGACCAGCAGGAAGUAGACACUGCCAGGCCCCUUAAAGGCUAGGCCAGAAACUGGCAUGCGUCACUUCUGUCACAUUCUGUCUGUCAGAAGAGGUCACAGGCCAGCCCAGCCUCAAGGGGAGGGGGGAUGCAAAAAGGAGAGAAGGAGCCAACAAACGCCGUCUUGGGGGACCACCUACCCUACAUGUCAGGGACACUGGGGAGAGUCAUUUACCUUCAUCCUCCACACUCAGCAAGUUCCAAUAAAUACUGGACAGAUGGAUGAACAGAGUGAUCUGGGGGUCAGUUUCUGCAGAACUCCAGGGGACUGGCGAGUUCUACAGCAUGAAGCCCUCAGCCCAGAUGUCUCCCUCUUCCCUCGCUUCCUGCCCUCCACGACACUGGCCACGAAGAAAACUGACUGCUCGUCUUUUGUACUUUGCCUUGAAGGAGAACUGAGACUCUUCGACUUUCCUCUUUUUAAACUCUCUUCUAGACUUUAGGAAGUAGGAGGACAGGGACUAAAAACUUCCUUUAAGGAUCUCUCAGCAUAUUCCGACUACCCGCUGCAUUUUCUUCAAGGACUGAGGCUGCCACCUCCUCACCUGAGAAUUAAAAAAAAUAAAAUUAAAAAAACCCAUAGUGUAGAAUCUCGAGUCCACUGGCUUAUUUUCUCACACGUCUGUGCCACUCUGAGGCAGGACCAGCCCAAUCCAGAUCUCAGCAUCCACAAGGCCUCACUCUGUCUGAGACACACCAGAACUCAGUGUGGGAACCUUCUUGCAUACUUUGUACACACUGGGCACUACAUUUAUGGGGGACUUUGGUUUCCACUUUCUUCCCCUAAGAGCCUGUCUAUGAACUUACCCAUUCUAGUUUUGUUGCUCUUAGCUGUCCAGGAUGUAAUACCCCUCCUGCCUAAUUUUGGGGAUCCCCCAUCAUGUUAGAGUGUCUCAUUGCCCACUACACAGAGGGGCCAACAUCCCGUCUCCCUGCUCCCACCAGGACGUGGGAACCUGACCUGGGCUGGGCCCCUCAGAGCCUCUCACCUGGUGCUCAGAAGCUGUUGAAUGCAUGAAGGAGGGAAGGAAGGACGGACAACAGAAUUUACAGAGCAGUGCCCAGGAAUGGCCUCUGCCACACCAAAACGGUUGUUAACGCUUCCUACUUCUUGGCUCUCCAGACGGCUAUGCAUUUUCCAAACCUCUGACUUCCUGUGAUUCUACGAGCCCCCAAUAUUCUUCCCAUACAUUUUCUUUUUUUCAUCAUAACAGAUUCUAUUUUCAUUACUUGUUACUGAAAAGUUCCUAACCAAUAUGGAAUUUGGUGCCAGGAGUGGAUACUGACAAUUCUAGAGAAGUAGGGAGAGAAGGAAUGUCUGCGAUUGGUUUUCUGCCCUAGAGCAGGUAGAAAAGAGUGAAAGUUGGGCAGACUCUGGGAUGGGGGUGGAGAAGCCAUGGCAGGCGGUGGCAUGAAGUUCAUCGGAAGUUCCCUGGGAUGGCCUCACUCUGGGCGACCUUGCGGCUGCUGUCCGAAGACAGUGUUAUGAGACAUCUUGGCCACAGGUGGGUGGCAUUGGAAAAACGUAGAAGAGAGAACAAGCUGAAGUCCCUAAAGUCUCCAUUCAAGCCACAGGAUGAAACAGAGAGACUGCCUGGCAGCACGCUGAACCUCAUCCCUCCGAGAAGCAAGGCCACACAUCUGUGACCCCAACCUGCGAGUGUGCGCCUCGAGCCACUCAGUGACUCAGCGGAGCUGGAGCCCUGGCAGGUUUCCCCGCUGAAAGGCAGAGCACUGACUGGGUGAAGAGAAGCCCCCAGUGUCGGAAUGAAGACAUUUAGGGGAAACCAGGAGGUUUCACAGUACCCAGGUUCACUCUCCUCUGUGCCCCCCUUGUCCUCAGAGGCAGCCCUUGUUUUGUCUGAUAAUGUUGUAACGUUUCUUCCCUGGUGGAGGGGUUGCCUGGCAAGAGGAAGCCCGAUCUCCUCGUGCCACCACCCUUAGCCCCACCCAGCUCCUGGUCUGUGCAGGAAGAGUUUCCAGAGUAUCCAGCCAGACCCUUGGGAUCACCUGCCCUGGGUGCUUCUGCACUGUUUCCUGCUGCUGCCCAUAGCUUGUCCUGCUGUCCUGUCAAUCACGACGCAGCCGUCCGCCUCCUUCCCAUCCUCUCUAUGCCCACCUGCCUCCCAGAGCUGGCUGCAUUUCACCUUCUCCAAGGAGCCUUCACCAACUACUCAGGUGUACAAAGCCACCUGCCUCUGUGCUCUCAUGACACUGUCAUGUGCUCUAUUGGUGUGGCGUCUGCUAACCUGUGCACAGCGGGAAGCAGGCAGGAUACAGCCUGCGUGCCAGCCCUCAGUCCACCAUCUGCUGGCUGCCGUGUGCAGGAGUCGCUGGAAUCGUGUGGACAGACACCACCCCUCUUUAGAGCGCGAACACUGUGUGGCCCUUCUCAUGGGGGCAGGAGAUUGGAUGGAACACGUGCAUGUGUCUCUCCUCUCUAGACACCAGAGACGCUGACACUUAAGGGUAAGGGUCGGUACUGAUGCCCAUGAAGCUACAGCCUGGUCAGAAGAGAAGACACAUCAAAACAAACAGGACAACACAAAAAAGUUUUACCGCUAGUGAGCACACACUGAAUGCACUGUCGUUGUGGACUCAGUGAGGCUGCAGCGGGUCAGCAGAGGCAGAGAUCACUGCAAGGCCUGGGGUCUCAGGAGAGUCCG